GAGCGCACAAGCUGCUAAGGGGUUGAAAUUAAACCUUCACUCGCCCACCAGAAGAAUCGUUUGCCCCGUUUUGCUGCAUUGCAUCCGUGGGUUCAUUGCAUGCGUGCGUUCCCCGUUUCACCCAUCGCCCCCAAAAAACCCAAUCGUCCCAUCCUGCUGGUUCACUGACUCACGCGACAAACCGACAAACCAACGUCCGCAAAGGGAGGUUUUGUUUUCUUUCUUCCGUGUUUUUUGUUGCCUUCUUUCAUUUCCCCUUUUUCUUCCUCUAAAAACGAUCGCGAUCACUGACGGACGAUGAUACUAAUGAUCGCGUCGAUGACGAUGCACGUGUUCGAUGUGAAAAAGAAGAAAGAAUCGAACUUUAAAAAAAAACGCACACGCACACACAUACAUAGAAUACACCAAACCGGUUUCCAUUCGACCAAGCCCCCCUGCUGGGGUGGUUCGAUGCUUCACUUAUGUAUGCGGGGCGUUACGGCCAGAGGAAACGCCAGCGGGAUGCAUUCGAAUGAGUCUUGAACUUCUGGGCAAAGAUUUAGCGGCCCGCCUGUACAAAGAUGGUCGAUGACUUUGAUAGGAUAUCGAUUUCACUCCCCAAGUGCACCACGCUUGUAUGUGUGAGUGUUUGUCUGUGUGUGUGUGUGUGUGUGUGUGUGCUUGUGCCCUGACCCUGUUGCUUAAGUUCUGCAACAUUUCAGCAAAACCGCGUGUUUGGGCGGAAGGAAACGGCCAACUAAAUGACCCCCGUGAGAACUAAUGCUGCUCGCUGUAUAAACGACCUCUUUUCCUUUUUACUUGUUCUAUUUUGUUUUUCGUCUCUUUUUCUAACGCUUUAAUGCCUUUUUUCUUUUCUUGUGUUUGUUCUUUUUUCUUCUUAACAUGCUUGUUUGUUUGCUAUGUUUCACGUGCCUCAUAUCCUUCUUCAUGUUGCGCUUGUGUGUGUGUGUGUUUAUGUAUAUAUGAUCGAUUCUUGUUCGAACGUGUUCUGACCGGGUUCGGACAAUCGCUUUCCUUACUUCUUCCUUGAUUUGUCUGGUCUAGAAGAAAAUAAAAAAAUCACCAUGAUCACCAUGAUCAUGACCGACCCAUUCUAUCCAAGGAGAAUGGUUCAAAAUGAUUAAAUCAAUUUUACAUCAAUUUGCUGCCCAUUCGGCACAAACCCUAAAAAAAAAACUACCCACCCUUCCGGUCUUCUCGAAACCAGUAACCAAUGAUUCAUCUCUUAUAGUAAAAGCGGUGUACGAAUCAGUGGCAGACACACACACACACAAGAACUCUUGCACACAACUCCCUACAUUUGUGGUGUGUUUUAUUUUCUUUCGCACAGAAGAUACACACUUGCUGAGCGAGGCAGAUUAACGCUUGGUGCCGUGACCAGGAUUAGACAGCGGUGUUUGAAACGAGAUACGUACGUGAUGCAAAAAAAAAACCACUGUGCGGCGAUGAGCUCCGGGUUGUGUGAAACCGUCAGCCGGGGCCAUAUGACGAACAUUAUCAACGCCAUCACCCGGUGUUGGUUUGGCAACAAAAAAAAAACCAACAUAAAGCAAACCGGUUUAUGCUAAAGGCUCGUCUGCACACUGAUAAACAAGCGCUUCGUAGCAAGCAAGGACGCUGCUGAGAAGUUGCCUCCGUUUAUACGACACUUGCUCUGUUCUGUUCCUCUUUCUUUCGCCCUUUCUUUUCUUUUCUUUUCUCAAGCACACACACACUGUUUGCUCCCUUGUCUCUCUCUCUCUCUCUCUCUUUUCGUAUAUUAUGCGUUCGAUCUCCCUUCAGGUGACCGUAGCACCUUCCGUAACCUAAUUUAAAGCCCAUCCGCACGCUCCCUCCAGUUACACCUACGUUACCGCACGUUAGACAUUGUAAAAACGAAAACCAGUAGCCAAGCGUUUUAUGUAUGUAUAUCACGCGCUGAUCUUCCAUUAUCUUACUCACUCCACUUCACCCUCUCCCCUGGAUCUGUUCCGAUCACUCCUGGGGCAUCGGGUUUUUGUAGACGGCCGUCUUUUUAUCGCUUGCUUUUGCGUGUUUGUUUCCAUUUACCAUGCGUGUUGUAUCGCGUGGCGUUACCUGUAGCCAACCGGACACUGACUUCUAGGUACUUCUAGGGUUGUUUUAUUUCCUAACCAACUAGAUCUUGUGAGUGUGAGGUUAGAAAUAAGUAAGAUUUAAAUAAUUUCUUACAGUAUUGUAGCCCCCUUUUAUCCUCACAGUGAUUGUGUCUUAUUUUAAUAAGAUUGUCGCUGUCGGAAAUUAAUUAGUCAAUCUGAUCGGUUUCUCCUCAGCCACGGUUCUUACGAUAUGCUACACGAAAACAUGAUGCAACAAAGCGUAAAUAUUGAAAAACUGUAAAACAGCGAGAUGAGAGGCAAUAGGACCAGUAUCGGGUGUGUGCGUGGUGCAUUAGACAUUAGCUAAUGUUGGCUUCAACAAGAGGCUUACAAAUGUGGACAGCAAAAUCUCAUCCGUAAGAUCGAGUAAUAUGGUGAAACAGAAAAAAAAACACACAAAUGUAAGGAACAAGCAGCGAAAAUGUAGAUGCAGGAAGGGAAGGCAGAAAACGAAAGGGAAUAAAAAUACAUCCGCAGGGACGCAACAGUGGAAAGCGUCAUAAAAGCGAACGUGGAGAAGAAAAAAAAACCAACAGUAACAAUAACAACCAAAAUAAGACAAGAAACGAUUGAAAAAAGGAGACAUACAAAUAAUUACAAAUGGUCUGAAAAAGAAAGGGGACCUCAAGAAGGAACGGACAAAGCAGGGAAGAGAGAAAAAGUUUUGCCUGCCUGACAGUGUACGGCGUGUGUAUACCGGACAUUUGGGUUCAAUUUCACGACACUUCCCACAGCACGCGGGAAGAAGCUGGGCGGGAAGAAGUUUGGACGAGAAUUAAGUCACCUUUUCUUGGAUGGCAGCAAGGUCCGUAACACGGUAGCAAUUAUAUCACUAACACAAGUGAUCGAGCGGUGAAGAAUAUCCACCGAAUAUCCGUGGAAACACCUACUGAAAGACCAAAAUCCUUAUGAAAUCCGAAUAUAUCCAAACAAACGAUCCAUCGGUAAGCAGUUUUAUGCGAUGGUCGGUUGUGCUUCUGCCGCUCCGUCAAACAAUUAGCAAAGAAACAGCACGCUCGCAGUGGCACGCGUUUGCUUAUAUAUUCCUAAAAAUAAAAUAUCAUCCAACAAACUCAAUUGACUGGCAAAAAAGCAUCAUCAUGGGACUUUCCCGCGCAGCGGCUAACGUUUGUGUAUUACAUUUUCCGAACGUUAGUUUUUCCUGUUUUCUUUUUUUGUACAUGAAAUGGAAACGAGAGAGAGAGAAUCAGCUAUUAAUAAGGCGAUUACCAGGCGAAAAAGACAAUACGUCACCCACUGUAGCGAGAGGCACAACAGAGCGAAAGAGAGUGUGAGAGAUGGAGAGGGAAGGGUGGGAAAGGGGGUGCAAUAAACACUUUUGAUUUGUUUUAAAAAAUGGAAAGGAAACAACAUCAGUACUUCUCAAAUGGAAUACAAAUUUAAGGAUUAGCAAGGAUUAUACCGAUCGCGCACACAGGACAUUCGAUCUGGGUCCCCGGCACGGAAGGAACACUGCUCAUGCUGCAGUCAUGCACCCACCUGACACGCUUUGGCAGUAGAACGAAUUGCUCCAAAGACAAAGCGCAAAAAAUACGGUAGGUAGGAGAAAGAAAUCCUGGUUCCUGGGUGAUGCAGGAAAUGCUGGCGACAUAUAGAACAAAACAACAAUAAAAAAAACAGCACUAUCACAACACUUUGUGACCUGACCUGACUCCGAGAGUCACUGACUGCUUAGUGGUGUUUCUGUGUGUGUGCACGAGGAAACCCACCAAAAGGGAAAUAAAAAAGUUUGACCGAAAAUCGACCCCCUUCUCCUCAUAUGUACCCAUCUCCUUCCAGCAUCGCGCCAGGGUUUUGGGUUAAGAUUGCGUACGAGGUUUUUGAUGUGUGCUAACCCACCGUCCGAUAGAGGCAGGUGGGGAAACCCAGUGGCAAAUGGGGGAAGAAAGGAAGGAUCCCUUAUGGAAAGGUAACACAACAAAAAAAAAACGAUGGAGAAGAACAACACACAAAGAGCUAACGUUCGUGCGAGCUGUCACAGGGGGAAAGAAAAACAAAACACCCAAAGCAAAACCCGCACACCCCGCACACCACCCCCGUGUGAGGGCAGAAAAACUGUGCGCGGGGUUAAUUGAAGUGGGAAUGAUACGGUGGCUAUAGUCAUAUUCAAAACGCUUUUGGUCUAUUUGUGCUAUCAAACUGCAAGACGGUUGCUUGGCUGAUGGGUAUAUAUGGCAACCGGGCUGCUGUGUGGGAAACCGCGUACAGGAUGGGCAGGACGAAGGGAGUAAAUGAAAGAGAGCGAGAGCGUAUGAACGAGAGAGUUGCCGCACGCGAUCGGUCAAUUUGAGCGCGAAGGGCUUGUUGUUUUCAAUUUUGGGUUUCCCCCGCACCCCGUUAUGCUUUUCCUCCACCGUUAAGGCAGCCUCCUGCACAAGGAAGCACACAUGUACAUUUAACCCCUAAGCCUCACCCCGCUUCCUACCAAAACGCUACCAUCAAAACACAAAACCCUUUUACCGAGUUCUUAUUCUAGCUCGGGUUCUUCCAUCGUUCUCUUUCUCUAGCUUAUGCGCACUUACCCCGCGUGCGAGAGUGAAUUAUGUUCUGUUGCGUGUGAUUUUCUCUCAAUCCCCAACCCCGUAUGACCCGCGUGCAACGAUGGAAAGAGAUAGCAUUCGCCGAUUCCUCUCACAACAUGUCCGAUCUCACGAUUUUGCUCUCACACUCACGCACUAUAUCGCUGCGCUCGCUCGCACUGUAACGUUCGCGCUCGCUUACGCACCCGCUACGCCAGGCGGCCUGUUGCGCUUCGGCUACGCAUACGCGCGCUUGCCAUGUAUGCUUCGGGAAGGCGACCAAACCCGAACGCAACGACCGAAGAAAGAAUAUCCCGCGCGCGCGGUCCUUUCUCUGGGUAUAUUCGACGGUGACGCAGUGCCGUGUGCUUUAGUUUACGUCCAGCUUUCAAACCGUACGGAAGUGUCUCUGCACAGCACCGGUGCGCCGUGUCUCAUUCUCUGUGUGUCUCUUUGUGACCCAAAGCCCGUCGACCGUACCGAGGCAAGGUUAUAGAAAGUAUCGAACCGUGUUCUUGAAUGUGCCAAUUUGCUGCGUGAAUACUGUGUGCCGCAAUCGCGGAGGAGAAACAAAAAGAAAAACAGAGCGGGAUUUGUUGUGCAAUAACAAAAGCCGACCCAUCGUACAGGGCGGAUGCAUUUAUCUGCUUUUACCGUACAGUAACAUUUAUAUGCCGAGUUGAGUUGCAAGUGCAGUGUGAACGUUUUAUGUUUUUUUCCGUGUGAAGAACAGCGGAUGAAGGAGAAAGUAGUGUCGUCGUCAAAAUAACAACAACAACAGCAGUAUAACCCACUUUACUGCACUGUAUUAAACAAACUAUUACACCGAGCACCAUCCGAAACUUUGUGCCUCUGUGUGUGCGUGUGCGUUUGUGUGUGAAGAUGGCAAUUGCAUUUUACAUUCCGUCGUUGGACGAUGCGGAGGAGAAUCAGCGGCUGCUCGAGCAGCAACAGAUUGUACUGCAGCGACAGUAUCUGCUACAGCAGCAGUACCAUCUGCAGGCACAGCUGAACCAGCUGCGGCAGCAACAACUCGCCCUGGAGCAACAAUCAGCCGCCAUAUCCACCAUGGCCACUGGCACCUCGGGAGCUUCCGGUCUGUCCGGCACAUCCACAGCUUCCGGGGUAACAGUGCCAACCAGCGCCGCAACACUCACACCGGCAGCACCAACUUCCACCACGUUCCAGCAACCACCACCAUCAACUCCCACAUCGACUCCGGCAAGUUCAUCUGUGCCCUCCAACUCCACCUACUUCACCACACCAGCCCCACAGCAUCCACAGCACCAUCGGUUCUGGAUGUUACGGGGGGUACUCUACAACAUUCUGUUCCGUCAUCUCCUGGACAAUGAUCCUGCCUGCAGUCGGUGUAUGUUUUGCAGCAAAUUACUCACAAUGCUACGUAAUAUCUGCUAAACAGUAGUCGUCACCGAUCACCACCAUCAUCGCGAACAGGUGCUCUACCCAGAAUCCUGCUCCCGGGUCCCGUAACAGCGAGACAACACAAGACGACGACAUCGGACCAGUAACGAGAGAGUUGCGUAUAUAUCUUCACCGGUACGGCUGGGUGCGUUUGGGUGUGCGUGACCCAUAUUCCCACCAUCCGGCUUCCGUAACGUGUGUAGAGCGGCUGUGAUCCAACUUUAAACAAACUCUUGGAAAAAAAGGGGGCCGGUCCUAGGGCUGUGCAGCCGACGGUGUUCUUGUAGCCCCGUGCGUCCAAAGGACACACGGGCGCCGACGGUAUCCUGACUGGCUUUUCACCGACAUUAGCAUCGGUAAAGCAAUAACAACCCCUUACAUUUCCGAUUAGCCGUCGUCUCUUCCUCAAGCAGAAACAGUUUACCCUAAUGGUGCAGCAAAUGCAAAACAUCGUCCUUUAUAUUGCACCAGGUACAACAGAGGACGACCCGUUGCGACCUCAAGCGACUCGCAAAAAAACAAAACAAAAAACAUACACAGCUUCGGUGGUUCGGUGGAGCAAAUGUGCACGGUGAUGUGAAAAGGUGAGCGGGACAAAAUAUACCAUAACUUCACUAAACAGGAUAACGAAGCAACACAAAGAAUCAUGCAAAAAAAAAAAACAACCAGUGCCAAGAAGCAGAACGCAUCGAGGGCAACGUUUUAGCCAUUUAGCUUAUUAUUAGGUUCAGUUUUGUCUUUUGUUUUUUUCCCUUUUCCUCUUUUUUUCUAUAUCACUCGUAAGAUACUAAAGAAAGCAAAUGUUUUAUAGCCGGUAAGGAUAUGCAGGAUUGAUGCAGCCUGUUGAACGGAGGCUGUUACAUAUUGGCCGUGUAAGAAGAGGUAUAGCAAAAUGGUUCUGUGCGCUCUAAUAUGUGUGUUCCAAUUUAAAAACAAUGUCUCUUUUCGUAAAAUUAUUUCCUUUUUUUCUGUUUUAUUUUUCGAGAUCAAUAGUAAUGCUGUGGUAAGGUAAGAAGGGAGCCGCACUGUGGAGUAGAAGAAUACACAAUAAUACAAAAGAAAAGAAAGGAGAUAAAAGAAGAGUAAACAAGCACUAGAAAAGAAAAGGCGUUAGGUUUCAUCAAUGUUUUUUGCUUGGUUUUUUCUUCUUUUUGAUUUAAAUCAAACAUCAGACGGUAUAAGGUAUUCGAGCAUUGGGACCACACAGAAGGUCCUUGCGCACACAAUUUUGCAUACUAACUUAAUCAAUUGGUUUCAUCUCUCUUCGCCCAUCGAUGGUGGCAAAGCAAACAAAAAACAAAGAAGUAAACGUAAAAAUAACAAGUGUAGCGUUUAAGUGAUGGCGAGAUAGAUUUACACACGAACACAAUUUACAUUACAUACGCCCCCGUAACACUAUUUCUUAUCGCAUACCCAAGACCAGUUUAAACCUAGAUGUAAGGCAUUUUAAUCUGUGGCUGUAAGAAUGAUCCUUUUUGAUAUAAGAACCAAAAGCAGCAGAUUGAAGACGACAAACAAAAUACACUGAAAAUAACAAAAACAAGAAGAAAAAAAGGCAACAAAUUUGUGUUAUUGCGGAGGUUAAUCGCAUCGAAUGGAAGGAGUGUGUGAAGGGUGUGUUUAGUUGAUGAAGGUGACGUUCUUCGAGAACGAUUUUUGAUCCUUGAUUUUGUUUUUUUUUCGUUUGUUUUUUUUUUAAUUAUUUUUGACCGAAAGGCACGCACUUUCGGGCAUUAGCAAGUAUCAAACUCAAUGCUAUAAACGCACACUUACAAUCAAUAACAAAACAAAGAAAAAGGAUAUCGUGGAAGCAAUAAUCAAAUCGUUUGCGUACAAUUUUAAUCAAAAAACAAACUUUUUUCCCCUUCUUUAAUGUUUUAUGCGUGAGACAUACCGAUCAGGUGGUUGUGUUUCGCGCACUUUGUGCAUGUUCCUCGCGAACGAACGUGAAUCGUGACAAAGGCGGGUGUACAGGCAUUUAUAAUUUAUCGUGAAAAUCGUAGGUUAAGUUUCCAAAACCACCUUGUGUACAGUCAGCUUUCAAUUAAGAUCUCAAUCAUCUUGCCCCCGGGCGCGUACGUUCGUUCGGUUGUGUUUUGUUUUGUGUCCGGCUGGAUCCUUUAUAAGGAUACGCGCGUAAGGUGUGUAAAUUUGAGUCCGAUUUCUAACCAUUCGAUUUUGAUGAUCCAACAGGUUAAUGGAACGUAAAUAAUGUUUAGGCACACCUAAUUUCUCAUCUUUUCACAAUUAUCCUACUCCGGAACAACAACAACAACCACGUGAACGACGGUUUGGGGAUUGAAAAACAAACUACUUAAAUUCUUAAACAAAGUUCGCUGUAGAAUAUUUUCUGCGUUAAUUAGAUACUAUUUUAUUUUUAGUAGAUUUCCUCUUCUGGUUUUGUGUUUUGUGGCUAAAAAAAAAAGAAACAUCCACACAAACACAAACUAUCCUUCCUAUCCUUUUUCCUUUUUUUCCUUUACUUGUAAAAAGAAAAACCCCAAGAAAACUCGACUGUUUUGCACACGUUGGGGUUUUCCAAGCUCUCGCGAAUUGCUGUGACUGAAACUGACGAACUGACGAGAUGGUGAGGACCGGGCAGAAAGAAAAAAAAAGAAGGAAGUGGUGUAAACGGAAAAACGAACCCGUUUUUCAACCCGCUUUUCCUCCAUUUUUCUACACGGCGCCUCCACGCGUUCCCGUUACCAUAUUUAGCACUAUUUUAUGUGUUUUCAUUUUCUUCUAAUAGAUUAUUGCUUUCUUUUUUUUUGUUGCUUGUCUGUUUUGUUUUUGUUUUGCUCUCUGUCUAACCGACGGGGGAACGAAUAAAAUGGUGGGCUAAGGUAAAGAGGUACAGAGGGUGAAGAAGGUGUAAGAGAAGGAGGAGGCAAGGGUUGUACAUUUUUGUCUUUAUUUACAAACGAAUCAAAUCAAAUCCGCCAAAAUAAAAAAAAAAACCCAAACCCACAGCAAAACAAAACCAAUGAAGAAGAAAAACAAACGAAACAAAACCGGCAGCAAUUAAAUGGAUCUUUUGCUUCUAUAGGCAUAUAGUUUUAUGUUUUUAUAUCUCGUAUAUCUCUACUUACUUCGCUCCGCAAUAUCUGUUGAAUUUUGUUUUCCCUGAACAUACGGUUAGUGGAAGGAAUGCGGUUAGUGUUUAAGGAAAGCAAACAAUGUGAUCAUUAGUAGAGCAGCUAAGCCAAUAAAGAAAAAAAGCACAGCAUUUAAUUAAAAAGAAAAUGGA